AUGAGCGGCCACUUCGGCGUGGGUCCUACGUCGACUGACAACGAGAAGCCUUUUGUCUACACAAGUAUACGCUAUGACAGGAGACUGUAUCAUACAGCGAAAAAUACUGCUGCAUCAUGUGGCAAGCCCUGUCCGUUCUACAUGCUGGAGCACCACUGGACCAGAUUACAAGUAGCCAAGUGGAGUACAUUCUUCUUCUCAGAUGACCGACCCAGACCCAACUCCGGCGGUCCGACCAUAAUCCUCCAGGUGUUGCUCAACGCGGUCAAGGACUGGCACGAGAAGCACCCUGAUGAGAAUCCUGAAGCCUUGCGGAUCAAGCUCUGCGCAUAUGUUGGGGACAAAAUGAGGACUGAGAUCUACCAUCCGCUGAAAAGCAUUCCAAUGACGGGACUGUUCCCGACUACAUUCGAUCUUCCAGUAGAGCAGCGGCGCGAGACAGAGUGGUCCAUUCUCCUUGACACCGAGCCAACCGAAGCCUGCGAAGGAACCAUGUUCAAGACCAGUGACCGCUCUACAUAUGCUCGUGCGCGAGCGGCAGCCGAUAUUGUCAACUACAUGAUGCCACGAGAAGUCUUGCUUUGGGACCACGAUCGGAAUGUGAUCGACGGUUCCAUCUGUACGGUGUACCUCUAUCGCCAAGGACGGUGGGUCACACCGUCGGCUGCUGCAGGCGGCUUGCAAGGGACGACCCGAAGAUGGGCUCUUGAGAAUCAGCUGGCUUUCGAGGGCGAGAUACCGAUCGACAGCAUGGUAGAUGGCGAAGUUGUCUGGCUCUCGAAUGCCGUGAGAGGGUACUUCUGGGCAAUAUAUCAGAGUCGAGACCCUCCUCAGGAUCAACCAGACGAGGCAGUGGUGCAGCGCAUACAUCACGAGCGCUUUAUAUAA